AUGGACAACCAGAAGGAGCUGAUAGUAGGAAAGGUAUGUAAAAUCUAUGACAAAAUCUCUACAUUAGAAAGCCUCAAUCCCUCCAACCAUGUAAAUAACCUCUUUACCCAACUUGUAACAACUUGCACUUCCCCAUGUCAAUUAGAUGUUACACAGCUGAGCCAAGAAGUUAAAGAAACUAUAGCAAAGUUAAUUAGGCUUUGUGGGAAAGCUGAGGGACUUCUUGAAACCCAUUACUCUGCUCUCAUAGGAUCUCAUGAGAAACCAUUGAACCACAUCAAACUCUUCCCUUACUACUCAAAUUACCUCAAACUUAGCCAUUUGGAAUUCACUAUGCUCACCAGACACUGCUCUCAAGUUCCCUCCCAACUUGCCUUUGUUGGCUCUGGUCCCCUACCUCUUACCUCAAUCAUGUUGGCCACCUAUUACUUUAGGCACACAUGCUUUCACAACUACGAUAUUGAUGCAUUAGCAAAUGCUAAAGCUUAUGACUUGAUCUCAUCAGACCCUGACUUAUCAAAACGAAUGUUCUUCCACACAAGUGAUAUUGCAAAUGUCUCAAAUGGCCUUAAGGAGUAUAACGUGGUCUUCUUGGCAGCACUGGUAGGCAUGGACCAGAAUGAGAAAACACAAGUCAUUAAUCACUUAGCUAAACACAUGGCUCCUGGAGCUAUUUUGUUGCUAAGGAGUGCACAUGGAGCUCGAGCAUUCCUCUAUCCAGUUGUUGAUGCUUCUGAUCUCAAAGGUUUUGAAGUUCUAUCAGUUUUUCACCCAACUGAUGAUGUUAUCAAUUCAGUUAUUGUUGCACGAAAGCAUUCAGUGAAUCAAGGGCUAUACUCACCAGUAUUGUCUAGCAAAUGCUCUGAAGUUGAAGGUUUUAAUCCCUUAAACCAUGGAAACGUUAUUGAUGAGUUGACCAUUGAUGACCAGGCUUGA